GGAUAAAUCCUUCCACUUUUUGAUGGGACUUACGUUACCGUUAUGUAAAUUUCUAAAUAAUGAUGAUAACAAUGCCGUAACGUUUUGUCAUUUGCAUCAGCAUAACUAUAAUUUUUUCUCCAAGUCCCAAUAAUUGAAAAUUUUGCCCGUUAUAUCGAAUAAACGACAUCCCAUAUUCCCAUUUGGUGAAGACUCAUUUUCAAAGUCUCUCAACUCCCAGUCUAGUCUGUUCAGUUAGCUUUCUUUGCCAUGGCUCUUACGAACCUUCUUCUCUUUCUUCUUAUCCAUUCCACUGUAAACCCCGCACGCGCCGCCCUGCCCGGAACGUGGGAACUUCUGGUGCCCAAUGCCGGCAUAGCUUCCAUGCACACAGCCGUCACCCGCUUCAACACAGUCGUGCUCCUCGACCGCACAAACAUCGGUCCUUCCCGGAUACGCCUCCCGGCUCACCACUGUCGCAAUGACAAAAACGACCCCGUUUUGAAGACUGACUGUUAUGCUCACUCUGUUCUCCUCGAUCUUCACACCAACUCCCUCCGCCCGCUCACCGUCCUCACCGACACCUGGUGCUCCUCCGGCCAGUUCCUCCCCGACGGUUCCCUCAUCCAAACCGGCGGCGACCUCGACGGCUUCCGCAAAUUCCGCAAGUUCGUUCCUUGUAACUCGUCUUCCCUCUGUGACUGGCAAGAGCUUGAGGACGUUCAGCUCUCUCAAGGCCGGUGGUACGCCACCAAUCAAAUAUUACCCGACGGUUCUGUAAUUAUCGUCGGCGGCAGAACCGCCCAGAGCGUGGAGUUCUUUCCGCCUAGAAAAGGCGGCGCCGUACAUUUUCCUUUUCUCGGUGAAGUCGAAGACAGGCAAUUGGACAAUCUGUAUCCUUACGUUCACUUGUUGCCUAACGGCCAUCUUUUCAUCUUCGCUAAUAAUAGGGCCGUUAUGUACGAUUAUAAGGUGAAUUCAGUAGUGAAACAGUUUCCGGUGCUCGACGGCGGCCCUCGGAACUACCCGUCGGCUGGAUCGUCGGUGAUGCUGGCCCUAACAGGGGACUAUUCCUCUGCCACUGUAGUCGUAUGUGGCGGAGCGCAAUUCGGAGCUUAUUUACAGAGAAUUACGGAUAGUCCGGCGGUUGGGAGCUGCGGCCGGAUUGAGGCCACCGGUUCCGACCCGGUUUGGGAGAUGGAGGAUAUGCCGUUCGGAAGGAUCAUGGGAGAUAUGGUGAUGCUUCCCACCGGAGAAGUUCUGGUCAUCAAUGGAGCUCAGGCCGGGACUCAAGGUUUCGAAAUGGCAUCCAACCCGUGUUUAUACCCGGUUCUUUAUAGACCUAGCGAACCGGCGGGGCUCCGGUUUAUGACUUUGAAUCCGGGUACGGUGCCCCGGAUGUAUCAUUCCACUGCCAAUUUGUUGCCGGACGGUAGGGUUUUACUGGCCGGAAGUAAUCCGCAUUACUUCUACAAAUACAGAGGCCCAUUCCCAACACAGCUGUCGAUCGAAGCGUUUUCGCCGGAGUACUUGUCGGCUGACAGGGCUAACAUUCGGCCUGUUCUAGUAGAGUUGCCGGAGAAGGUUGGGUACCGGCAGGCUUUCGAGGCGGCGAUCACGGUGGAACUGCCGGUAGUCGGGGUGGUAGAGGUGAAUUUCGCCAGCGCCCCAUUCUCCACCCACUCGUUUUCUCAAGGCCAGAGGCUGGUAAAGCUACCGGUGACGAGUGCUAUCCCUGAUGGCACCGGGAAAUACCGUAUAGGUUGUACCGCGCCGCCGAAUGCGAUGGUGGCGCCGCCGGGUUAUUACAUGGUUUUCGCUGUAAACCAAGGGGUGCCGAGCGUGGCACGGUGGGUCCAACUAAGUGCUUAAAUAUGUCUUUUAAAUUAUUCUGCUUUUCUCUUUUGGCUAUUCUUUUAGCCUUUUAGAUAAGUCCAGCAUUAUUUUAAUUUAAAAUUUAAUAAGUAAAUAAAGUGAAGGAAAUUUCAAUUU